AUGGCCACCAUCAGGGCCACACCCCGGGCAUGGCCACCAUCAGGGCCACACCCAGGGCAUGGCCACCAUCAGGGUCGCACCCCGGGCAUGGCCACCAUCAGGGCCACACCCCGGGCAUGGCCACCAUUAGGGCCACACCCCGGUCAUGGCCACCAUCAGGGGCCACACCCCGGGCAUGGCCACCAUAAGGGCCACACCAAGGGCUUGGCCACCAUUAGGGCCACACCCCGGUCAUGGCCACCAUCAGGGCCACACCCUGGGCAUGGGCACCAUCAGGGCCACACCCCGGGCAUGGCCACCAUUAGGGCCACCCCCGAUCAUGGUCACCACCAGGGCCACACCCAGGGCAUGACCACCAUCAGGGCCACACACCCCGGGCAUGGCCACCAUCAGGGCCACACCCCGGGCAUGGCCACAAUCAGGAUCACACACCCCAGGCAUGGCCACCAUCAGGGCCACACCCCGGGCAUGGCCACCAUCAGGGCCACACCCCGGGCAUGGCCACCAUCAGGAUCACACACCCCGGGCAUGGCCACCAUCAGGGCCACACCCCGGGCAUUGCCACCAUCAGGGCCACACACUCAGAGCAUGGCCACCAUGAGGGCCACACCCAGGGCAUGUCCACCAUCAGGGCCACACCCAGGGCAUGGCCACCAUCAGGGGCCACACCCAGGGCAUGGCCACCAUCAGGGGCCACACCCCGGCCAUGGCCACCAUCAGGGGCCACACCCCGGGCAUGGCCACCAUCAGGGCCACACCCCGGCCAUGGCCACCAUCAGGGGCCACACCCCGGCCAUGGCCACCAUCAGGGGCCACACCCCGGGCAUGGCCACCAUCAGGGCCAUGGCCACCAUCAGGGGCCACACCCCGGCCAUGGCCACCAUCAGGGCCACACACUCAGAGCAUGGCCACCAUGAGGGCCACACCCAGGGCAUGGCCACUAUCAGGGCCACACCCAGGGCAUGGCCACCAUCAGGGCCACACCCCGGGCAUGGCCACCAUCAGGGGCCACACCCAGGGCAUGGCCACCAUCAGGGGCCACACCCCGGCCAUGGCCACCAUCAGGGGCCACACCCCGGCCAUGGCCACCAUCAGGGGCCACACCCCGGCCAUGGCCACCAUCAGGGGCCACACCCCGGCCAUGGCCACCAUCAGGGGCCACACCCCGGCCAUGGCCACCAUCAGUGCCACACACUCAGAGCAUGGCCACCAUCAGGGGCCACACCCAGGGCAUGGCCACCAUCAGGGGCCCACACCCCGGGCAUGGCCACCAUCAGGGGCCACACCCCGGCCAUGGCCACCAUCAGGGGCCACACCCCGGGCAUGGCCACCAUCAGGGCCACACCCCGGCCAUGGCCACCAUCAGGGGCCACACCCCGGCCAUGGCCACCAUCAGGGGCCACACCCCGGGCAUGGCCACCAUCAGGGGCCACACCCCGGCCAUGGCCACCAUCAGGGGCCACACCCCGGGCAUGGCCACCAUCAGGGCCACACCCAGGGCAUGGCCACCAUUAG